GCACUUGCGUGCUAACGCUGUUGUCAUGACUAAGGCAACUCUUUGGAUCGCCUUUCAGCUCAUAAACGAUAAAGAAACACGUUAAACCUUCUGCUACUUUAUAUUGAUAAACCGGUAUUACUGUAAAUUGAUUUUUUUUAAUUAAAAAAAUACAAUUUUCAUAAUAAUUUAUUUUUUUCUCCACUUUUUAAUGGUCAAAACGUUUGAGCAACAGGACACUUCAUUUCUGAGUUCGCCAUUGUUAGUUUUACAGGUCGGUGGGGAAAAAAGCUGAGAAAUGGCAGCAGCCUGGAAACCAGGAGAAUCCACAAUACCUACUUUGGAACUGGAAAGUGUGACACAGUCUCCAGAGAGCACCAACUGCAUAGCAUGUACAGAGGACGGCAGGUACCUCUCUCUGGGUCAUUCCGGGGGUUUGUCUGUGUGGUGUGCCUCAUCAUUCGUCCGAAUCGCCGAAUGGCUGCAAGAUCGACUGGAAAUAACCUUUCUGCAGACGACCAGAAUGGCUAAGAGGACCUAUUUGCUCGGCUCUGUUGAUGAUAUGGGUGUGGCCAGACUCUUUACAUUUCACUGUGAUGACAUUCAUCUUCUCAGUGUUAUAAAUGCCAUGGAGGAUAUUAACAAUAGAAGUAUUUGUUCAACAUUUGCUCUGUACGGGGGUGGCCAUUUUGGAGCAGCAUCAAUCAGCUGCAAUGGUGCAUCUUGGCUUGAGGUCUAUCAGUUACCUGUGGCAGUGUGGCUGGCAGAAAUGGAGACUUCAUCAGCACUGGAACAGGAUCCAAAUGUAACUGAAAGUGUUGAUGUGAAAUGGUCACCAGUUGAGGUGCUGAUUAAAAUCACUCCCCCCCAGCUUUCAGCAGGACAGUCACAAGGUGGCGCCCUUGGGACAGACUUUUUUAAACACUGCUUGGUUGUGGAUGAAGUAAGAAGCAGCUCUCAGAGCAACUCUCUUGAUGCAGGAAAAACAACACAAACUACUAAAAGUUCAAGGCGGUGUACUCAUCACUUUCUCCUCAGUUGUGAUCCGUUUUCUGGCAAAUCUUUGCAGUCAGAGCUGCCUGUGGCUGUCGCCGUGUGGUGGAGUGGCAGCCAUAAUCUCCUUCAGUAUUCACUUCAAAAGAUUCCAAUUAAAAAAGCAGAUGCAGCUCCCAUCCCGGAUUCUUUGUGGCCAAACGCAAAUGAAAUCGUCUGCUCGGCUGUGAGCGGAUGCACCCGUUACGUCGCUCUGGGGCUGGAUGAUGCGUUGGUGUGUGUCUGGGACAGGAGAAGCGGUGCACCACUCUCCAUCGUCUCUAUGCCAAAAUACAGCUCCCUCCUCAGGAUGAAGUAUUUAGAUUGCUGGCCUGAGCUGCAGACUCCCGCUGCAGAAGUUCUCCAUCUUUUGGUGAUGAGUAAAAGUGGAGAACUGGACAUGAUCACGGCAGGACGAGGAACUCAGACCUGCACCACACAGCUGAGUGAAAGACCAAAUGAUAGAGCAGAUCUACCAUCACUUAUCAUCUCAGUGCCGUUCCUGCCAAACAUGCAGUUGCUCAUAAUGCAAAGAAAUGGAAAAAUGUUUCUUCAAGAUGUCAUCAACAAAACCGCAGUGUGUUUCUUGGCUCCUCCCACAUCUUAUCAGUUCUCCACCCCCUGCAAUCCUGUAUGUGUGCUGGACCCCCAACAGCAAGCUUUGUUCAUACAAGGUGACCUGGAAACCAACAGCAGCCAUUCUCUGGAAGAGGCUGUCCAGAGUCGCCUCUUUGUGUUCCGGUUUGAACAGUGCUGCAUCAUUAAGCAGCGAAUAGUUUCAGGUCCAGCCUCUUCACAAAGACAGAACAUGGAGAGCCAUGGAAGUCCAGAGGAAGUCUGCAAUCUAUACCUGCAGCAAAGGUUUUUGUCUCUGGAUGACAGGAAUAAGGCUCGGGAACAGAUGUUUGAGAGGCUGCACAAAACAGCCCAGAUGAUUGACCAAAAACAGCAGAAGAGCAACAAGCUUAAGAAGAAAAAGGCACAUCCAUUUUUUUCAUUGUGGUUGACCAGCUGUUUAAGCGAAAAAGAGCAGAAUACACAGAGCUCUUCACACUUUGCAUAGUUUUGCAGCGUGAGCACUAUGCAAAUGAUUUUGCUGCAGUAUGGAUUUGUCAGGAAGGACACUGUAACUCAGCAGACAUUUAAUAAAAGGCAGGAAAGCACUUUGAGGGAUGGAAGAAAACUUAAGAUGUGAAUACAUUUACUUUUUUAAUACUACGUUUAUCUUUUUUUUGCUAUAAAGGGUAGACGGUGUGUGUGUGUGGAGGUGGUGAUGGAAAGGCUCAGCUAAAAAAGUUUUUUAGUCUGCAUGUUGAAUCAUUUGGGUGUGCUGAGGAAAUUGCUGACCCAUCUCUUUUUUUUCCCUUGUAUUUGAUUAAUGUUCUUCCAGCAAAACUUGACGUGAAAGCCGUGCCUACAAAUGAUUGCAUGCAUUUCUCUAAACAACUUACAAAUUACUUUUUCUUUUUAUACUAUAAUUAAAUGGAUUAGAAGAUGGACAAAAUGAAUGUCGAUUGUUGUUUGACUCUUUAAGUGUUUCCUGUCUUAUAUUUUCUGAUGAUUUGAAAAAAAACAUUUUUGUCAGAAUUUGCAAAAACCGUGUUGAAAGUGUAUUAUUUUCCGAAGACUGGCAUGUAUUUAUACAGUAGCUCAACCAUUUGUUCAUUUCAGGACAACCAGGGAAAAAUAGAAUAAUAAAGCAGAACAAAUUAAAUAGCAGUUUCAAGAUAA